GUAAUAACCGCGCGCGGCGCUCGGCGUUCCCGCAAGGUCGCUUUGCAGAGCGGGAGCGCGCUUAAGUAACUAGUCCGUAGUUCGAGGGUGCGCCGUGUCCUUUUGCGUUGGUACCAGCGGCGACAUGACGGGGUACACUCCGGAUGAGAAACUGCGGCUGCAGCAGCUGCGAGAGCUGAGAAGGCGAUGGCUGAAGGACCAGGAGCUGAGCCCUCGGGAGCCGGUGCUGCCCCCACAGAAGAUGGGGCCUAUGGAGAAAUUCUGGAAUAAAUUUUUGGAGAAUAAAUCCCCUUGGAGGAAAAUGGUCCAUGGGGUAUACAAAAAGAGUAUCUUUGUUUUCACUCAUGUACUUGUACCUGUCUGGAUUAUUCAUUAUUACAUGAAGUAUCAUGUGUCUGGUGAUACAAUUCUGGAGACUGGAGAAGUAAUUCCACCAAUGAAAGAAUUUCCUGAUCAACAUCAUUAAAGAUUAUGUAAAAAGUUAAAAGGCUUAUGAGCCUAAGUUUGUUCCUAUAUUACCAUAUUUACUGAAUUUUCUGGAAAAGUAACUUUAAUAAAGUUUAAUCUCAGAAAUUGUCA